AAUGUGUGUAUCCUGAGGGGGCGCUGGUUGCUGUGGUAGGGCAUGUGGGUUCAGGGAAAUCCUCUCUGCUUUCAGCUUUGCUGGGUGAGAUGGAGAAGCAAGAAGGAAAUGUGUCAAUCAAGGGCUCUGUGGCUUACGUGCCUCAGCAGGCCUGGAUCCAAAACGCCACCCUCAAAGACAACAUCUUGUUUGGACGGGAAACCAAAGACAGCUGGUACCAGAAAGUGGUGGAGGCCUGUGCUCUCCUACCUGACCUGGAGGUCCUACCUGGAGGAGACACUACGGAGAUUGGAGAGAAGGGUGUGAAUCUGUCUGGAGGUCAGAAACAGCGGGUGAGUGUGGCCAGGGCUGUGUACUGCAACUGUGCUGUGUAUCUGUUGGAUGACCCGCUCUCCGCCGUGGACGCUCAUGUAGGAAAACACAUCUUUGAGAAGGUCAUCGGACCUCAGGGCUUGCUACAGGGCAGAACUCGGGUUCUGGUGACCCACGGGCUGAGCUUCCUGCCCCAGGCUGACCUGAUCCUGGUGAUGGUGGAUGGAGAAAUCACAGAGAUGGGCUCUUAUGCCGAGCUUUUGAGCAGACAGGGUGCCUUCGCUGAGUUCCUGCAUAUCUACUCCAACACAGAGCAGGAGGAGGAGGAGUCGUCAGGGGGAGAAGAGGGAGGGGAGGCAGAGGACGAAAAAGGGAAAUAUGAAGAUGCAGUCCCACGGAAAGGACUCGAAAAUGGGGGUCCUGCUGCCCUGUUGGGAGAGAGUCAGAACUCUCUAAAUGCAGCCGGGACAGGUAAAACACAGAAGACUGAACCAAACGAUGCUGAUGCUGCAAAGAAGACCAAAUCUGCAGAAUCUGCCCGACUGACCGAAGCAGACAAAGCCAACACUGGCAAGGUGAAGCUAUCUGUGUUUUGGGAGUACAUGAAGGCUAUCGGCUUGCCCCUGUCCAUCUUCAGUAUCUUUCUGUUCUUCUGUCAUCAUUUGUCCUCUCUGGGCUCAAACUACUGGCUCAGUCUCUGGACAGAUGACCCUGUUAUCAACAACACCCAGCCCAACAGAGAGAUGCGUUUAGGGGUGUAUGGAGGCCUGGGACUCUCACAAGGCAUUGCUGUGUUCUGCUAUUCUGUGUCAGUGUCUAUUGGUGGGAUCUUAGCCUCCCGCUACCUGCACCAGACAAUGCUCUACAAUGUCCUGAGAUCGCCCAUGUCUUUCUUCGAACGCACACCCAGCGGCAACCUGGUCAAUCGAUUUUCCAAAGAGACAGACACCAUUGACUCGGUCAUCCCUAGCAUCAUAAAAAUGUUCAUGGGGUCACUGUUUAAUGUGCUGGGCUCAUGUGCUGUCAUCCUCAUCGCCACGCCGCUGGUAGCCGCCAUCAUCCCCCCUCUUGGUCUGCUCUACUUCUUUGUACAGCGUUUUUACGUGGCGUCUUCCCGGCAACUGAAACGACUGGAGUCUGUGAGCCGCUCUCCGGUCUACACACACUUCAAUGAAACUCUGCUGGGCACCAGUGUGAUCCGAGCAUUUGGAGAGCAGCAGCGCUUUAUCAGGGAGAGUGACGGCAGAGUGGACCACAACCAAAAAGCUUAUUUCCCCAGCAUUGUAGCUAACCGAUGGCUGGCGGUGAGGUUGGAGUUUGUGGGGAACUGUAUUGUGACAUUUGCAGCUCUUUUUGCUGUGAUGGCCAGGGACAGUCUGAGUCCAGGAAUCAUGGGGCUUUCCAUCUCCUAUGCGCUGCAGGUCACAGCAUCUCUGAACUGGUUGGUGCGGAUGUCCUCUGAGCUGGAGACUAACAUAGUAGCGGUGGAGAGGGUGAAGGAAUAUGGAGACACAGAGAAAGAGGCUGAAUGGAGGUUGGAGAAUUCAACUCUUCCUGCUGGCUGGCCGACCGUUGGUCACAUUGAAAUCCGCAACUUUGGCUUGAGAUACAGAGAGGACUUAGAGCUGGCUAUUUGUGAUAUCUCAGUCAACAUUGAGGGAGGAGAAAAAGUGGGAAUUGUGGGUAGAACCGGAGCAGGAAAGUCCUCUCUGACAUUAGGGCUCUUCCGCAUCAUUGAGGCUGCUCAGGGGGAGAUGUGUAUAGAUGGAGUGAACAUUGCUGAGCUGGGCUUGCAUGAGCUACGAUCCAGAAUCACAAUCAUUCCUCAGGAUCCCGUGCUGUUCUCAGGUUCCUUGCGUAUGAAUCUGGAUCCCUUUGAUGGGUACACUGAUGAGGAGGUGUGGAGAUCUCUGGAACUCGCACAUCUCAAGAACUUUGUGUCCGGCCUUCCUGACAAACUCAACCAUGAGUGUUCAGAGGGUGGAGAGAAUCUCAGUUUGGGUCAGCGGCAGCUGGUUUGCCUGGCUCGAGCUCUCCUCAGGAAAACCAAGAUUCUGGUUUUGGAUGAAGCCACUGCAGCUGUGGAUCUGGAGACGGACAAUCUGAUACAGUCCACUAUCCGAACUCAGUUUGAGGACUGCACCGUUCUGACUAUCGCACAUCGCCUCAACACCAUCAUGGACUACACAAGGGUGCUGGUUCUCGAUAAAGGCAAGAUGGCAGAAUUUGAUUCUCCAUCCAGUUUAAUUGCCAAGAAGGGAAUUUUCUACAAGAUGGCCAAAGACUCAGGUUUGGUCUAAUAAUUAGAGGGGCUCCCUCUGUUCAUCUAGGACAUAUCACUGGGUAGAGCCCAUGGAGGGUGGACCUGGCGAGACAUGGACUCUGAAGGUACCUCUUCUGUGGGCCUGGAUCUCUUACACACACACACACACACACACACACACACAAAGUGUGAAUAUGACACCACUCCAUUCUUCCGCUCCUCAGCUACUGUAGCCCUCCCUUUUUUCAAUCGCAUUUUAAAGGUUUUGCUGCUUUUGGAAGUUGU